UAACUGCAGUAUUGGAGAGGAAGGCUUCAGAGCUCUUGCAUCAGCACUAAGAUCAAACCCCUCACACAUGAGAGAGCUGCAGCUGAGUGAGAAUGAAGCAGGAGACUCAGGAGUGAAGCAUCUUUCUUCUCUUCUGGAGGAUCCCAACUGUAAACUGGAGAAACUACACCUGUCAUGGUGCAGUAUUGGAGAGGAAGGCUUCCGAGCUCUUGCAUCAGCACUGAGAUCAAACCCCUCACACAUGAGAGAGCUGCAGCUGGGUGGGAAUGAAGCAGGAGACUCAGGAGUGAAGCAUCUUUCUUCUCUUCUGGAGGAUCCCAACUGUAAACUGGAGAAACUACACCUGCAGUACUGCAGUAUAACAGAUGAUGGUUUCAGAGCUUUAGCAUCAGCACUGAGAUCAAACCCAUCAGCCCUCAGAGAGCUCCAUCUGUAUGGGAAUCAUCCUGGACCCUCAGCACAGCAGCUGCUCUCUGAACUGAAGAAACAUCCAAACUGUAAACAUCUACAAAUAGCUGGACUCUAAUGAGUCCAUCCUGUUGUGUUCCACCUGAAUCAUGUUUUUACACUGUGCCUAAAGAAGUGUUGCAGCACAUUCAUAUGUGAAGUUAUAUGUUUUAAAGUGACUUAUGUAAAUAUGAAAAUUGUGAGUAAUAUUGUAUAAAGAAUGU